AUGCUAAAAAUUAUUAUCCCCACUGCCAUACUCAUACCAAUAACAUGCCUAUCGAAACCUAACAUAAUCUGAAUCAACUCAACAACCUACAGCCUACUAAUUAGUCUUAUUAGCCUCUCCUAUCUAAACCAACUAGGUGGCCAUAGUCUAAAUUUUUCACUGUUAUUUUUCUCAGACUCACUCUCCGCACCUUUACUAGUACUAACAACAUGACUCCUACCGCUAAUACUCAUAGCCAGCCAAUCACACCUAUCAAAAGAAACUCCUAGUCGAAAAAAACUAUACAUCACAAUACUCACUCUCCUGCAGCUUCUUUUGAUUAUAACAUUUACCGCUACAGAACUAAUUAUAUUUUACAUUUUAUUUGAAGCCACAUUAAUCCCCACCUUAAUCAUCAUUACCCGAUGGGGUGACCAGACAGAGCGAUUAAACGCCGGCCUAUACUUUCUAUUUUACACUCUAGUAGGCUCACUACCCCUUUUAGUCGCACUACUGUAUAUCCAGAAUACAACAGGAACUUUAAAUUUCCUGAUCAUCCAAUACUGAGCCAAGCCCAUCUCAACCACCUGGUCCAAUAUUUUCCUCUGACUAGCAUGCAUGAUAGCAUUUAUAGUAAAAAUACCUCUAUAUGGACUCCACCUAUGAUUGCCAAAAGCACAUGUUGAAGCUCCCAUCGCUGGUUCAAUAGUACUUGCCGCCGUAUUACUAAAACUAGGGGGAUACGGGAUAAUGCGUAUUACAGUCCUACUUAACCCCGCAACGAACCAAAUGGCAUACCCCUUUAUAAUACUAUCCCUGUGAGGAAUGGUUAUAACAAGCUCCAUUUGCCUGCGCCAAACAGACCUAAAAUCCCUAAUCGCAUACUCAUCCGUAAGUCACAUGGCCCUAGUAAUUGUAGCAGUACUGAUCCAAACACCCUGAAGCUAUAUAGGAGCUACAGCCUUAAUAAUUGCUCAUGGACUGACCUCAUCUAUGCUAUUCUGCCUUGCAAACUCAAACUAUGAACGAGUACAUAGCCGAACAAUAAUCCUAGCCCGGGGGCUACAGACUAUCCUCCCCCUAAUAGCUGCCUGAUGACUACUAGCUAGCCUCGCAAACCUAGCCCUACCACCCACAAUUAAUCUAAUCGGAGAGCUAUUUGUAGUAAUAGCCUCCUUCUCAUGAUCAAACAUAACCAUUAUCCUAAUGGGUACUAAUAUCAUCAUUACAGCCCUAUACUCCCUCUACAUACUUAUUAUAACUCAACGAGGCAAAUACACACACCACAUUAAAAAUAUCAACCCAUCAUUUACACGAGAAAACGCCCUAAUAGCCCUCCACCUACUCCCCCUUCUCCUCCUAUCACUUAACCCUAAGAUUGUACUAGGCCCCAUUUACU